AUGAAGACGUUUUUUUAUCGUUCUUAUCUUAAUUCAAUAGUUGUUAACAAUGCACAGCAAAUUGUUGCAAGUCAAACGAUCAUGUUUCGUUUUAUAUUUUGUCUAUUUUUAUUCUUAGUUUAUCAUCAAUUAUUAAGAUUAAAUUCAUCAACAACUACAAUUUAUCCAUGGAUAAAACAAGUUCAUGUAGUUUCAAUGACACAUUUAGAUGUUGGUUUUACAAAUUUUGCAGCAAAUGUUUGUUCAUUAUAUUUUAAUGAACAUUUACCAAAUGCUGCACGUCUUGCACAAGAACUUCGUGAUCGUGGUGGUAAUGAACGUUUUAUUUUUACAACACAUCCAUGGAUUCUAUUAGAAUUUUUUGAUAAUAUUGCACAGUGUACGAAUGAACGACCAAAUCGUACAACAAUUGAAUUAGUUGAAAAAGCAAUUAAACAAGGUGAUAUAACAUGGCAUGCACAUGCAUUUUCAAUGUUUAUUCCAAUGAUGGAUAAAAAUUUAUUUAAUAUAUCAUUAAGUAUAUCAUCAAUAUUAGAUGAUCGUUUUUAUCAAAAUAGAAAAACAAGUGCAUCACAUAAAGAUGAUAUGGGUCAUCCAAUAAGCACUAUACCUAUAUUUGCUGAUAAUGGAAUAAAAUCAGUUCAUAUUGGUGUUAAUCUUAAUUGUCAUGGAGCUGAUCUGCCACCUGCAUUUAUAUGGAAACAUGAAGAAACUAAUACGGAACUUUUAGUUAUGAUGUAUAAUAAACCAACGGCAACAACACCAUGUUCAGCUGAAGCAUGUAUUUAUGGUGGUGAUGUUGUUUUACCAGGUUUUGAUCAAGCAAUGAUCUAUCAUUUUACAUUAGAUAAUACAGGACCACCUCAUAAUAUAACUGAUGUUAUUCGAGUUUGGUCUCAAAUUCAAACACAUUAUCCAAAUGCAGAAAUUAUUGCAAGUAAUCUUGAAACAUUUAGUCAGUCGUUAUUAGAAUCAUAUACAGAUCAAUUACCAAUAAUAACAGAUGAAUGGGGAACAACAUGGUUAUACGGAGUAGCUGCUGAUCCAUAUAAACAAUCAGCAUAUCGACAAAUAUCAAGAUUAUUAAAUGAACAAGAAUAUUCUUCAUCGUCUUUAUUUAAUUAUACAUUUCGUUUAUUAAAAAAUCCUGAACAUAAUUGGGGUUUAUGCACAGGAUGUUAUUUAAAAAAAGAAAAUUAUGCAUUUAAUUAUCAUAAUGACGAAUUUUCACAUGUUAGAAAUGGUAGUGAUUUUCAAUUAUUAGAACAAGGAUGGAAAGAAGCUCGAUCAUAUCUUUAUCCACUUAAUUCAUCUGAUCCUUCAUUAAUCAAUCGUAUUAAUAAUACUUUAAAAGAACUUGAAUUAUCAAUUCCUGAUUUAAGUCAAUUUAUUCCAAUUUCUCUACCAAUAAAUCGAACAAAAGAUUAUUUUUUAUUUCAAACAACAUUAUUUUCUGUUGGUUUUAAUUAUACAUCAGGUGCAAUUGUUUUUCUUCAAGAUAAUCAAGGAAGAAAUUUUUCAAAUAUAAAUAAUACAUUAGGUAAUAUUCAAUAUAAAACAUAUUCCAAUGAUGAUUUUGAUCGUUUUAAUUUACAAUAUAAUCCAAAUUGUGGCCCACCAUGUGGUGAUUUUGCUAAACCUGGUUUAACAAAUUCUCCAAGUCAAACAUCAUAUCCAUAUGUUAUUUCAAUGUGGAAAGAUAAUAUAAAUAAAACAUUUCUUAUUGAAUUAACAUUUCCGAAUGAAAUUAUCGAAGAUUAUGGUGGAAGUAAAACAAUAUGGUUAAAUUAUACAUUUACUAUUGAAUCUAAACCAACAAUUUCUAUAGAAUUACAAUGGUUUAAUAAAACAGCAACACGUUUACCAGAAUCGAUUUGGAUUGAAUUUAAUCCAAUAUUACCUGUUAUUUCAAAUACAUGUGAUCAAUGGAAAAUUGAUGUACUUGGUUAUGAUGUUAAUCCAUCUAAGAUAGUUGAUUAUGGAUCAAGACGAUUACAUGCAAUUGGACAUAAUGGUGUACGUUUUUAUGAUGAUAAAAGUGAAAUACCAUUAUUUACUCUUUAUUCAUUAGAUGCACCAUUACUUUCAAUUGGUUCAUCAGAUUAUUUAUUAAAUUUUGAUAACUCAAUACCUGAUUGCCAAGGAAUAAAUAAUAAUGGAUUAUUUAUAAAUCUUCAUAAUAAUCUUUGGAAUACAGCAUUUCCAAUUUAUUAUGAACAAGAUGCAAAAUUUCGUUUUAAAAUGGAAUUUUUACCCGAAUGGCUGCAAAUUAUUCAGAAGAAAUAA